CGUGAGUAGCAUGGGCGUGGGAGGUGGGCGGCGCGUGUCACCGGGCCUCCAGUGCCUCGUGUGCGGCGACACUUCGUCAGGAAAGCACUACGGGAUCCUGGCCUGCAACGGCUGCUCGGGCUUCUUCAAGAGGUCGGUCAGGAGGAAGCUGAUCUAUAGGUGCCAAGCAGGAACGGGUGCCUGCGUGGUAGACAAGGCACACAGGAACCAGUGCCAGGCAUGCAGACUCAAGAAGUGCCUGCAGAUGGGCAUGAACAAAGAUGCGGUUCAGAACGAGAGACAGCCCAGGAACACAGCCACCAUAAGACCUGAAGCCUUCGCCGAAAUGGACCAGGAGAGGCUCUUGAGGGAGGCUGCCGUGGCCGAGUCCGUGCAGGAGACCGCGGCCAGACUGCUCUUCAUGGCGGUCAAGUGGGCGAAGAACCUGCCGUCGUUCAGCAGUUUGCCCUUCAGAGACCAGGUCGUUCUCCUGGAGGAGGUGUGGUCAGAGCUCUUUGUCCUGAACGCAGUCCAGUGGUCUCUGCCGCUGCCCACGUGCCCCCUUCUCUCGCCCUCCGCCCACGCUCACGCCCUUGCCCACGCCCACAAAGCAGCCCAGGCCGCCCACGACAUCAGACAGCUCUCUGAAGUGGCGGGGGCUUUCAGGGACUUGGCGGUCGACCCGGCGGAGUUCGCUUACUUGAAGGCCAUCGUCCUCUUCAGACCGGUCCGAGGCCUGAAGGACGCCGCGCAGGUGGAGUCGCUGCAGGACCAAGCUCAGGUGAUGCUCAGCCAACACGUGAGGGCGCACUACCCCGCCCGCCCUGCUCGCUUCGGCCGCCUGCUCCUCCUGCUGGCGACGCUCAGAUCUCCGCCUCCUCCUCGGGUGCAGGCGCUCUUCUUCACGGCCACCAUCGGCAACACGCCCAUGGAAAAGAUCCUGUGCGACAUGUACAAGAGUUGA